AAAAUCGUAGUUCAGCCGAGAUCAAACAAACAUACAUAUGUGGAGACCAUCCCAUAUAACAACAGCUUUGAAGUACUGCCUACCGCCCCUCGCGUGAAACUGGACUAUAAAAUAUUGAUAUUUUUUGUUAAGCUAAAUUUUAGCAUUUCUUGAUUAUCCAACAUCUGUGUAAAGUUUUAAUUGAUUGGCCUCGUAGCGUUUCCUUGUGUCGCCAAGUUUAUAAAUGUCUGCGCCAACUACUGAGGACUUUAGAUCGCAGGGACUCGGUAAGUAACGUGGCUGACUUCUAUUGUCUUUUUCAAAAAAAAAUUUAGAUUCUUUAAAAUCUAAUCAUUUUGUAAAAGACCGAAUUUCAAACAACUGAGACUGCAAGAAGAGAACGAGUUAAUGUUCCAAAAUGUAGAGAUAUUCAAAUCAUUUGGUUCUCUUUUCAGUUCAUUUUGCCCCAGCAUACUCCUUACUUAUUUUUGGGUCUUCAACUUCACUUAGUAAACGACUUAUGCGAUUUCCUUCGACAUGGACCAAGGAGGGGAGGUUGUCAAAUCUAUUGCCAAAGUGUACGUCGGGGGCUUGACGGAAAACGUGGAGAAAUAUCAUUUGGAGGAGCUAUUUGAACGAUUUGGGUUAGUUAAAACAGUGUGGAUUGCGAGGAAUCCUCUUUCUAGGGGAUAUGCUUUUGUCACAUUUUUCGAUCCAAAACAUGCAGAGGAGGCAGUUAAAGGAUUAAACGGCACGGCCCUGCAAGGAUCUAAACUGAAGGUGCAGCUGUCUAAAAAUGAAAUUGUGAAAGUAGAAAAUGAACACAAAGACAUGGACAGAGACCCGAGGGACCACACCAACCAGCGGAGACAUCGCUCGAGGGACCGGAACCAGUAUAUGGACCGGAAGCGAGGAAGGUCCGGGGAUAGAGAUAGAUCUCCGAUGGACAGGAAGUACGACGAUGACCAAGACACACGUGAUAUCUCAUCUCCGACUCUGGACCCCGUAGUGAUUCAGGAAUCCCUGAUGUUACGAGAGGCCGUGCUUCGGUCAGGCCUAUCGCCGUAUUCCUUCAUUACAAACUCCCUUCUCCAAACCGCAGCCCUACCGAGUCUUCCACUUCCGUGUAUGAAAUCGCCCGCUUUUGGGACAACGUUAAAUUACAUGCCUUAUCCCCACGUUGUGGGCGACACAUUCGGUGACUUGCGCCGACACGGAGACAUUUCUUCACAAAUGGCCGGUCCGAAUAUUGUUCUACAGACUUCACGAACUGCUCCCCCCUCCGUUGCGUACACUACUGCCAUGACAGGCAUCCGGUCACCCUUCCUACAAGCUUCAACUGCUAUUCCUACUCCACAAUAUCAAAACAGGAUUAAUCGUACGACUUCGUCUAUGAAGCCAUCUGAAUUCAUCCCCAGCGGUUGUACCAGUGAUCCGGUCCCGCAGAUAGGUGUGUGUACAUCGCAGGGAAACGAAACUGGCUAUCCUUGCUGAGAGCCUCCAGACUUAUCUAAGACAGUAAAAGCAGCUAGUUUGUAUUUUUUCUUUUACAAAUGACGAAUUUAUGGAACUUAAUUGUCUUCUUUUGCUAUUGUCAUACUGUAAAUUUUUAAUUUACUGGAUGUGUGUAAUUAUGAAAUAUUUAUACAAAAUGACAAAAUUUUGUAUUUACACUCACCCAGAAAAACUUAAAAUUUACAAUAUGACACUAUAUAUACCAGUAUUUUAUAGAUAUGAUCGAUGAAGUCAUAUGUUACUGUCAACCUAAUGAUAUAAUUAUGAAAAUAUGAAAACUCAAUAAAGUAUGGCAUGCGCAUUUUUUUGUCUUAAUAAAUUCCGUUUUGAACUAUUGAUUUUGUGACCUAGCCGUCAGCCUGUUGGCUCACCGUAUGCAUUCCCCUGACCAACCUAAUCGGAUUAGAGUUUUUCUUUUGUCAUACAGAGUUAAACAGCUUGGUCCGAUGAAUUAUUGGAUAAACAAUUUAUCAUUCAUAAAUAUCUUAACGUAUUCAAAGGACGACUCGUUUGUAGACUUCGACAGUUGCGACAGCUGGGCCCGUAUCAAAAUGCCCAAACAAACAGAUAUCGAACACUUUCACCCCCAU